UGUAGGACCGGUUGCUGUAAUGUACUUUAGCAUGGAAUCUUGUCAUUACUUUCAAUAUCCAACUGUCACUAUGGAAGAUCAUUGCGAAGAACGGUCUAAUCUUGAAGUAAUGUUUUCGACUAUCGAUAUCCCACAAUUCAGGUCGCUAACCAAUUUAAUGCUGACGGAAGAUAAGCACACGUUUCUCGAAGAAAACGACGAAGUUCCCGAUGUACUACAGAUACCAUUCAACCGGGAAUCGAUUUUUAGAUCGGAUAUCGAAGAGCUUAAUUUUACAGGAAGCCCUGAAACAUACGUAGAUAAUUGUUUUUAUGACGACGACGAGGAUGACGGCGAAGAUUCUCCAUUAAAAUUAUCGCAUCCAAUAGAAGAUGAAGGGAACCAGUCGAUGACGGAAAGAGAACAGUUUAUAUACAAUAACGUGGUACCUUCGAUACUAACAACAAGAUCCAUGGCUAUUAAUCACAUGUGUCUCAUUGACGUCACAAAGGAAGAUGAAACAAUAUUGGAAGACACAUUUAGAUAUUGCCGGUAUCCUGACAACGAAUCAAGGCGUAGGUUGGCAAGGAUAACAGAACUCUCUUUCGAUCUAGUUAAUGAAUGGUUUAGUUGUCGUCGAGCACAGUUACACAGAUCAAGAAGACGUUUAGUGUAUCCAUGUGAUCGAAGUAUUCCGGGAGACACCAUACCAUGUCUAAAACGAAGUAACUAA